GAGCGCUGGAGCCGCACUCCACGUUGAAGACACCAAAGAAGCAGAAGUAGGAUUGUAAACACAAGGAUAUGGCUGACGAGAGGGGUGGAGGUGACAACAACAUCAACGACAACAUGGGCAACCAGCUACAGCUCUUACCAGAGAAUGAAGAAGAGGAGGAGGACGAUGACAUGGAGACUGAAGAUCGGGACAGUGAGGAUGCAGAAAAACCUAAUAUCAUCAACUUUGACCCCAGUCUUCCCACAUCACAUGCUUACCUGGGUUCAGACAUGGAGGAGUUUCACGGCCGUACGGUGCACGAUGACGACAGCUGUCAGACCAUCCCUGUGCUGCCCCACACGGCCGUGAUGCUGGUGCCAGGCCAGACGCUGCCGCUGCAGCUCUUCAGGCCGCAGGAGGUCAGCAUGAUGCGCAGCGUCAUCCAGAGGGACCGCACGUUUGCUGUGCUCGCACACAGCGACACCACUGACCCAGAGGCAGAGUUUGGGACAACAGCUGAAAUCUAUGCAUACCGCGAGGAGCAGGAGUAUGGCAUUGAAACAGUCAAGGUGAAAGCUGUAGGGAGGCAGAGAUUCAAGGUCCAUGAGAUAAGAACUCAAGCAGAUGGGAUCAGACAAGCUAAGGUACAGAUCCUCCCGGAGCGGAUCCUCCCAGAUCCCCUCACUGCAGUGCAGCUGACACCCCUCUCCAGGCUCCACAUGCACCCCUCCUGUAGACCCCCGUCCCAGAGUUGCACACAGGCCCAGUGCUGGUGGAAUAACUACCGUCAGAGGAAGUUUCACUGUGCCAGUCUGACACCGUGGCCGCCCUGGGUCUACGCACUCUAUGACUCUGAGUCGCUCAUGAACAGAGUGAAAAAACAGCUUCAUGAAUGGGACGAGAACCUGAAGGAUGACUCUCUGCCGGCUAAUGCCGUAGACUUCUCCUACAGAGUGGCUGCCUGUCUGCCCAUAGAUGAUGCUCUGCGGCUUCAGCUGCUGAAGAUCGGCAGUGCCAUCCAGAGACUUCGCUGUGAGCUGGACAUCAUGGACCGGUGCACUUCACUGUGCUGUAAGCAGUGCCAGGACACAGAAAUCACCACAAAGAAUGAGAUCUUCAGCCUGUCUCUGUACGGCCCCAUGGCUGCGUAUGUCAACCCUCAUGGAUAUGUCCAUGAAACCCUGACUGUCUACAAAGCCAGCAACCUCAACCUGGUCGGCCGGCCCUCCACACUGCACAGCUGGUUUCCAGGGUACGCCUGGACAAUCGCUCAGUGCCGGACCUGUGGCUCCCACAUGGGCUGGAAGUUCACGGCCACCAAGAAGGACUUGUCUCCACCUCGUUUCUGGGGUCUGACUCGUUCAGCCAUGCUGCCCCGCAUCCCCCACACCGAGGGCGAGGAAGGGGGAGAGGGCUCUCGCCUCCUCUGCCUGUGACAUUGGGUCAUCAUCAACGCCCCCUGAACCCCACCAACCCUGGAUAUUCAAUUAUUUUCUGACAGCAGUUCCUUUUUCUGAAUCAAUAAUCACACACAGGCUGUCAACUGUGGCAGCAAAUCCAUCAUAUUUGUGGAAAGGUCAUUCAGUCAGUAAAUGGCUCACUAAGCGCAAAUAGGAAUGGGAUGGCAACAGUCAGUGUUCUUAAAUGUGGAAGCACUAUUGAAAAAAAAUCAUAGCAUUAUGAUCCAGUGAAGGGAAAGGAAUAGAGAAAAAUAAACAAAAAAAAAUAACAGUACUUUAGCAGCAUAAGUAUGUGAUCGUAAUAGCAUGCAGCUCCUUGAUCUGCCCUCCUAUAGCUGUCUGUCCAGCUGCUGAUUGGCUGCUGUAGACACACACGCGCGCCCACAUACGCAAACAUACACACACACAAAAUAAUCUUGCUUCAUGCACAGCUAUGUUGUCUCCCAAGUCCUUUCCUCUGUAUGAUGGAUAGUGUGACUGCAUGCAGUUGAAAUAUCAAUCUAUGUCACAACAUGACCACGUUAUCCUCUUUAAUUUGCUCCAAAACCAUCCAUUCAGUCGAAAUCCGCUUGGGAUUCAGCUCCUCAGCGGUUUUCUCAGAUUUGUUUUCUCAAAUGAUUUCAGCUGCAGCAGGUCAUCAUAACAUUAACUAAUUGUACGAGGAAAUAUUCUCAUGUUUGGCAAAUUGCGUCAAUCUUCCAAGAAAGUGGCUGUUUUUGUAUGCCUGGAGUGAGAUUGGAAAUGAAUACACUUUUCCAUGUAUGCGGAAUUUUUAUCACCAGUUUUUGAAGAAAACAAGGUGUAAUAUAGUUGUAGAUUGGUUAUCUAUUUUGUAAAGAAUGAAGGCUCAUUGUUCUGCAAGUCGAUGUGCCUCUGAAGACGUCAUUAUCUCUGGUCACUUCAUAUGCACAAGUGAAAAUUAGAGAUGGAUUGGUGCCUCGUGUCAGACUGCUUGAGAAAGGUCAAAGCUAAUUAAGCCAGAGACCAGGGAUGUUAAUUGCCCUUCUUCUGUUUACUUGUUUGUUCAUGUUGUGUGGCAUGUUAAAAUGGUGUGCCUACGCUCCAGCUCAAUGUCUUUUUGGAUUUGAGUUUGGUAAAUCAUCGGACCACAGACUGAUGAAAUGAAUGAAAGCAACUCAUGAAUGAAAGUGAUUUAAAAAAAAAAAAAGAAAAAAAAAAGAUUUACUUGUUUAAGUUUUUCUAGACUAGACUUUGAGCUGUAAUCUCAUAGUUUUAAGAAUUUUACUUAUUGAAUUUGUUGCAAGGUUGCUGGCUCUCGUUUGUAUAAAUAUAACUGUAAAUAAGAGGCAGUGAUGUUGAUUAUGGUUCAAUAUAACCAGCGUUCGACUGUGUGUAGAAUCUGACUCUUAUUUCUCCUAGCUGUUCAUUCCAUCGGCACAUUACCUGAAAUUAUUCUUUCACCAGUAAGCAGACUAAUCUUAUGCCAAAAGAAACUCUCUAGAAUGUGAAGAUGUUGGUCUUGCUAUCACACAGCUGUGGUGUGCCAUAAUGAAAUGUUUGGAUAUUUUCCUAAAAGGCAACACCAUUCAAUAAACAAUAAAGUCCUAUAUGUCAGUAUUUUGGCCUCAAGACAACAAUGUCAUAUGAGUGGACAGUUUGGAGUUGUAUUUAAGGUUGGGAAAAUGAAUUUGUGGACUUACAGAGCUUGACUUUACAGGAAUACUUCAAGGUUUUGGGCAGAAUACAUUUUUUUACUGACUUACCCAUACCGAGAUUAGGUUUUCAAUACCAGUUUCACCUCUGGGCCGAACCACUGGACGUACAGAUGCGAAAACGGUAUCGAACAUCUUGUCUUAGUCGGGUUAAGUUGGAAAAGGGUUAUUUUGCUCAAAACAUUGGAGUACUCCUUUACCAUCUAAUUGAUCUCCACCUUCUAGUUCUGUAAUUUCCAAGUUUAAAAAAAUCAGUGUUGUCACUUUAGGAUUUUCCAUCUUUUCCAAAUAACUCACUAUUGAGCUGUACAUCAGUAUCAUAUCAUAAAUAAAGAGACAUGAAAAACGCUGUUUUAUUUUGUAC